GGAGGGGCAGCGCGCAGGGCCUGAUGGGCGCGGUGGUGGCCGGGAGCCGGCCGGAGCACGCAGGGCAAUGGCGGAAAGGAGGGGAAGCCACGCCGGAGUGGGGAGCUGAUGCCGCCGGGGCAGUGCGGAGCGGCAGCCCGCGGAAGGGCGGCCCGGCCCGGCCCGGCCCUGCCACCGCCCAGCCCGCUGCGCAUGCGCCGGAUAACUUGCCCUGGAGUGCUGCUGAAAGACAAAGAGGAACUUUAUCUCAGUGUCUCUGUACUUGGGCAGUACAAAAAAACUAAAUGUGUCCCUGCAACGUUUCCGCUCUUCUUUCAAGAAAAACUAGUAUUUGAAAAGGCAUUUGCUGAUAUAGUUGAUCCUGGAGACCUUGUGGAGUUACUGGAACUUGACACAGCAGUACUUGAACUAAUACAGCUCGUUCCUCCAGCAGGAAAAAUUCUAGCUACGUAUGAAGAAAAUACAAGAGAUUUCCUGUUCCCUGACCCUAAGCUUACCUGUGGGCACCAUGGUUUAGAGCGUGAGAUUUUAAUGAAGAGGUCCUCUUCUUUUACCGGAAUUGCACCAAAAUUGAGAUUUUCUACAAGCUCCCUUAUUACAGAAAGUCUGUUAAGCUCAGGAAGGAGUCACAUACAGGGUGAUUUGAAUUGGGUGCAUCACUCAGCCUCAAAUGGAAAAGUGCAAACAGAGUUACCAAAGAAAAAUAUUCUUUCACCUGAGAAAAGCAGGCACAGUUUAGCAGGAAAGAACUACGAGCAGCCUACAAUAGCUUCUAAAUCACGUUCUCCAUCUCCAUACACAAAGAGACGAAUGUGUGAGCUGUCAAAAGAAGCCAGGCAACGACUGGCCCAUUUAAACCUUGGUCCUUACGAAUUCAGAAGAGGAACUGAUAAACCUCCAUUUGUAGUUAGACGGGUUGAACUACCAAGUCCUGUUAUUAAACUUCAUAUGUGGUGUCCCAUGCGAGAAAGCACAGCGGAAGCCUGGACAAAGGUAGACCAUGAUCCUUCUCUUCUUGGCAGCUACAGACCCAAGAAAGCUGAAGCAAAAUCUACUCAUGGAAAAUACUUUCACAGUUCUGAUGUUUGCAAUGAGGAUGUGAUCUCAGAUCCACCCAACAGACCGUCCCAUUCUGCUGGUUCAUCAGAGCAUUCAGCACCUCCAGCAUUUCAGAAGCAUUCUCUCAGUUCCGUGUUAAAUCGAUCUUCUCUAAAGGAAAGAUUUAGCUCUGGUUGGCCUUCACCAGCAAAUGGAGAUGAGAUCCAUAAAAGAGUGAAAAAUAUUUUAAGGACACACAGUGCCAGACAGCGCCUAAUUUUUGAUGAGAGUAACUCAUCAAAAGGAGACUUGACUAAGACAAGAGAAUCUUCACAUAAAGCACCCUUAUUCAUGAGUGAACUGCAGAGCAGUUCACCAGUGCAGCAGAAAACUACUCUUUACUUGGAUAAUGGUGAAUACUGGUCUGGUCGUGCAGCUGUAUACAAGGGGAAGCCUCGCAGAGCGAUCUUUGAAGAGAGUCUCGAGAAAAUAUAUAGAAACAUGUACCAAAAAGCUUCUGGCACUGUUUCAAACUGAAAAACACACUCCUGAUAGCAAUUCACCUGGAAAUGCACAGUAUGCAGUGUUCAUAUUUGUAACGAAACCUGUUUUUAUGUAACAAACAUUUAUGCUCUACUUUUAAGGUAUAAUUAUGGUUGGGCAGGGUUUUGGAGAAAUGGGGGGGUUUGUCCAGGGUUGCCAAAAGGAAACUAUUAACACCCCCCUGCUCCCCUUCCCUGUGCCCUGACCCUUCUCUCCUCCCCUCCUCCCAAAAAUAAAUAAAAAAAAAAAAACCAACAGCAACUAAGCCCCUCCACAGUUAAGCAAGAUGUUGUUGCUCCUUUGAGACUAUGAAAAGAUAAUAAUUUGAAGACUAAAAGGUUUGCUGGACAUUUCCUGUCUGACAUCAACUCAGGUUUCAGCUGCAGACAAUUCUUACUAAAUAAUUAAAGCUAUUUAGUAAUGUAAACAGAACUGGUUGAAGAAACAAUAUGUCCUAGUGUUCAGAGAGGGGUUCUAAAGAGGAAGGUGGAUGUGGCUGUUGAUUUAAAAGCAUCCUGUCUGGGACAAAAGGAAUUUUUUUCUAGAAAAUUGCCUUUGGAUUGUUUAUUUUUGAGAAGGGCAGUAACCCUGGUACUGACCUACAGACAUGCUUUCAAAGUAGUUGCAAGCAACUUUAGUCACAAAUUUUCUAAUACAGUCAAAUUUUAAAAAAAACCCACCCAGUCCAGCAGCCUUUGUAUCAGAAGAAAGGUCAUCUUCACACACUCUGUGCAUUUGGAAGUUUCCAGGUUCUCUCGAAUGCAGCCAUGAUAUUUGCCAAUAUAUUUGUAUUUUUUAAAAAAAUAUGAAUAAGGAAGGAGUGCAGAAGGGAAAAGACUGGAGCUAGUCAGCAAGCUCCUCAUAUACCCCGUACAGGCCUCCUGAAGUUCCUGCAUCACAAUCCCACCUAAUUUGGAGCCUGUCCUUCCCAGUCUGCUGGGAUCCUGUUGGCAGAAAUCGCAUCAUUUUUGCUAAAGGCCACCAAAUGUUCAUCAGCAGUUUGAUGCUUUCCCUGGGGAUGGAACCUUUUCAGCCUUGCACUGAACAGAUCCCACAUUAGCAGACUGGGGCAAAUUGCCCAUCUACUGAAAAGCAGAAUGUUUUAAAAGGGCAAGAGUGUCCAUCUCCUGCUUCCUUUCAGAAUGGGGGGAAAAAACAAAUGCCUGUUCUGGCUCCUUCCCUGACUGAGUGAACAGAUUCAGUUACACCAGUGCCAUUUUACCUGUUAUGAUUGGAUAAAGGAUAAAGCUAGCAGUACAGAUGGCAGAACAUAUGACUGUAACCUGCCAGCAUGCCUGUAUAAACAAAAAGUUGGUCUACUCUGCCUUCCACCCUUUAAUGCUGAGACAACAUAAUUGAUUUGAGAAAGCAGUUGGUGAGCAAUUAUGCUAGUGGGAAAGCACGUUGAAAGGCUGUGUGCUUCUGUUUCAGCAAAGGGGACUCUCAGAGGAAGUGUCUUGCAUAUAGACAUUUCUAUUCCUUGUGACUGUUAAACCAGUUGAAGUGGAUUAACACUGCUAACUUCCUGUCCCCGAUGCCAUUUAGCACAUUAGUGCUUUCAAAGGGCAUUAGUUGCACAGUCUUAGGCUAGGGAUAACUGUUGAGUCACUCUGUGAAGUAGUAGCACACUUUUUUCGCCGAAGUGAAAAGUAAAACUUACCAAAGCUGUGCUGCUGAAGGCAUGGUGGCCGUGGAGUGUUGUGCCCCAGGUACCUGGUGUUCAUUCCUUAGCCUGUUCCUGUGGCCCCAUAUUAGUCUAUGAAGGAAUAGUUUCUUUCUCCUUGCUGCUCGAGAAAGUAGAUAUAUUCAAAUGGAUCCUAAAUAGGCAGGGCACAUUCUGAGAGAUACUUUCCACACUUUUUGUUUAAAAUCAACCUGCUGGAAUCUGAAAGGUGCUUCAGUUUCCUAUAUGUGUUUGAGCCAUGAAGUUUAGUGUUCUUUUCAUGGUAUCCCACAGUUUUCAUUCAAUAUUCUCUGUGGUUUUGCUCCCUGGUGUCAUAGUUUAGUAAAAGUUACAGUCUUCUGAAGGUUGGCUGCUCCCCAUGGGCCUGAUCUGGUUCUGUGACACAGAAGUGCUGUUUGAUUUUUUUCCCUCCCUGGCAAUCCAGCGUUGCAGAUGUUAGUCUCUUUGUUUAGUGUGUGAGAAGGCCUGAACACUGAGACUUUGGUUUUUUUGUAUGGAUGAGUAAGGAUACAAGUUGCCAUGAACUCAAGACACAAGGAGAGGAUGAGAAGGGUUGGAGGCCACUGUGAAAAGACGGGAUAAUGUCUCUGAGGGGUCCAGAGGAAUGGCUGGGGUGUAUCUGUUUUAUUCCUCUAGCUAAAGAGAAGCAGCAUAUGACAACCUUCAGCUUUUCAUCAAAGACGAAAAUUUUUUCAUCAAAGGUGAAAACUGGAUGGGAGAAAAUAAAAAAAAAGUGUCAUAUGUUGAAUUGUGACCAGUAUGAAUAUUCUCACCGUAGCCUUCAUAUGCAGCAUAACAACAAAUGAAGCAGACAGGCUACGAGUGUCCUUGGCCUUGCUCCAGCUGCGAGGGGAGAUGGUGUGUAUAAUGUCUUUUUGAAUCAGCUGCUGCAGGAUAUGUGUUUCUCUCUUGGGUCCGAGUCAUUCUGCAGCUUAUGUGCUGUGAUACAGCGCAGGGUUCUCUUCCAAGCGCUGUGCUGGAAAUGCGGUUUGUUUAAUGGAAAACUUUUCUCUGAAAUGUGACUUAAGUCCCAAAUUACUCCAAUCUCUCCAUAAAAUCUGCAGACCACGUUGUUUUCAGAAGCAUUUGGCCCCUUCCCUGUUUGCUCAGCUAACCCUCCUAUUAAUACGCAUGCAGCUCAAAUGCACUGAGCACUGCUGCUCCUUUGCUACUGCAGUAUGUGAUAAGUAUAGGUUCAGGCAGUGAACCAACACAGUAAUAAACUGUAAUUGUUUAGUGCACCUUGCCUUCUAAUACAAUUUAAAUCCCUUCUAUCAAAUGCAAAUUUCUGGUUUCCUGAGUGGAGCUUUAAAUAGCAUUUUCUAUGCUCAUUUCUUAUCUUUUGCCAUCCACAAAGUGGUCUGUUAGUGACAGUAGGAUGGCAUAAUUCCACCCCCAUCAUUUUGCCUCCUAAAGGAAAGCUGCCUACUCAAAUCUAGAAAUAAUGGGCUAGAUUAAGAGUGAAUUAGUGUUUUUUCUGUAGAGUCUGUCUCUUUCUCUUGCCUCCCCAAGUUACUAUCACCCAUGCGUAUUCUCACCAAAUGCUGUUCAGCAUCCAGUGUAGCUUGCAGUAUGCAAUCAGUGCAGUAUUUUAAUCACUUUCUUUUUAAUAAAUCAGAAUCUGCUUUCUAGUUGCUCCCUUUCCCCUUUCUUACAAAUAACUCGGUAUGAUUUAGGAUCUUGGCGUGGCUUUGGUCAAACUACCUGCCAGUGUUCAGUAGAAAUGCGGAUUCUUUGCUGAGUAGGAGUUACUUUGGAAAUCACUCGGUCAUUGACUUGUUGUAGAUUGAAGGCAAAAAUGUCAAGUGCUUUAAUGAUUUGCCUUAUCUAAGUUUUCAACUAGAAUAAGGGAAGUUUAAAUUGGUCCACUGGGGCCAAGAGGCAGAGGGGUGGCUAGAGUAGUGGGAACAGGUAGGAGCAGCUUCGUAAGAUACAUGGGCAGCAGUGUUUAUACUCCAGAUCUGAGCAUCUUGGAAGAUGAUGAGGGCUUGUUCUUUAGAUUGUGCAUCACAUGUUUGAAUUCUGUUACAUAUUUAGAGGCUGCCAAAACAGUGAGGGGAGAAAGUAAUGUACCUAUAGGCAUUAGGAAUAUAUUUUUGGGGUAAAAUAACAGAACAUUUAGCUCUGCUCAGUAUUAAAUAGUUUUUCCAAACUCCCUCUCAUUGUUACCUCAGCUGUAAAAUGGGGAGUUUGUGCUCUGUUGAAGCUUAAUUAAAUGACUGUGAAGAGCUUUGGGAUGCUGAGGUGAAUGUUACAGAAAUUAUUUUGUGGAAGCCUGGCUGAAAAGUCCCAUCUCAUCUCCAGGUUACUAAAAAGGCUUUAUUUUAAUUUUCCCAGGUUUAUUAUGUUUUAAUCAGACAAUUAUUAAGCAAGUCUUAAUCUUAUCAAGAUAGAAAUCUAUUAAAUCUAAGAGAUGGCUGAAAAAGAUAAUGAAAUGCUUUACUAAAUGUGCUUUUAGGAGCUAAUCUUUACAGUUGGUAUCCUACUCAGCUUCUGUCUCCUGCAUGAUCUUGGUUCAUCAUACUGAUUGCUCUCGUGAUAUUUUAUUUUUUGUAAUACAAUUUUUUUUUUGUCAUCCUGAUGUCUUAGUGCUGUCUGCUGUGUGUACUAAUCAGCAGUAUUAACAUCUAUCACAUCAUUUGUUCUUAUCCUCUCCCCAGGAACAGGGGGUGCAAUGAUGUGUGCAACUUGACAUUGGAAGAGCUUGUGUGGUGUGCCACAGGUUUGUCAGAGAAAGUAAGUUGGAAGGAAUCUCUGCCUUUUCAGUCUGUGUGCAAGGAAUAGCUGAUUAUUAUAUAAUUCUGCUCUUCCUCAUUUUUAAGCUUGAAGGUGUUCUAUGGAACGCUGAACUAUGCAACAAAGUUCUUAGCCUUUUAGCAGUGGUCACUUAACUGUAAAAAUCUUGUACUGUGGAAUCUCUAGGUCAUAGAAAAACCUGCUACCAUGAUAUUAAUUCAGUGGUUAUAGAGUGAUCGUUAUCAGGAUGCUGAGAGUAACUCAAGAGAUUUGUUUAGCAGUCAAGGAAUUUGGGGAAACUUUCAAAUCAAGGAAACAUAGCUUCUUGGUUUCAGUGUUUUCAGUUGAAGCUAAGAGAGAACAGCACUGCUGUGGGUGAUCUUACUGAGCUGCCUCCCGGACAGAAAUGAUGUCUGGUUUAGGUGAUGGUCUCUGGUAGCAGCAGAGAACCAGUCUCUGCCCAGUUCCUUUCAGAUUCAACGAAUAAACCCAUGUUGUGGGAAGUGGUCAAGAACACCUAAUAUUCCUGUUUCUAUUACGCAGCGAACUAUUAAACACAAGCCCCAUUGGUUGCGUUGGUUUCUACCGCUUUCUCCAUGGAAUUCAAAACAUCAUCGACCAAAGCCCUUAAAAGAUGAGGCUGUAGCUCCUUUUGUUAUCAGUGUUGUCUUACCAAGGACAUGCAGUUUGUUUCCUGUUUGUCUUCGGUGAGAAAUUCUCUGAAGUGCAGUGAUAAUUCGUCUGGAUGGCAACAUAAAGGAACUGUAAUCUUUCUCUUCGCUUGAUCAAUGUGGAGAUUGUGCUUUUUAUUCAUGUGUCUUUCCAUUCAAUUCUGGGUGAUUGCUUCUGACCUAGCAGAGAACUCUCUGGAGUCUGAGAACUGGUGAUCUGAGCCGCCUUCUCACCUCGUCAGGGAAAGGAGGGGUCUGCUGCAGAAUGACAUCCCUCUGGCUUCGUAAGAAUUUACCGAUCCUGAGGAUAGAGCACAAAAAUUUUGUUCUGUGGUCAGGCAUUUGCGUAGCCCUGGAGGGCUGAUGCCAUUGCGUGAACAGAGCUUCACACAAUGUGGGGGUGGGAGGCUGAGAGCAGGGGUAGGCUCUGAGAGAGGUUUGAUGGGUGCCAUGCCAUGAAUUAUCAGUGUGUAAAAUAACCUGUGAAACUUAAUAAGUAACAAAAGCACCAUUUACACCACUGAAUGGUGGUGAAUGCUAAUGCUUCUGCUUGUAUUGUUACACUGACUUGAAUUUUUGAAUGUUUAGCUAAUUGUGUUGCUACUAAGACUGUAGUUGUAUGAACUGUUUCAUUCAGUACUCCAGUAGUAAACAUUUGCUAAGAGGUUGCUUUCCCUGCCCGCCUUGUUUUCACCACAGUCAUCUAGUGUUUACAUACAUUUUAGCCUCUAUGCCAUUUUUGAAGGCUUUAUUUGUCUCAUUUACGUUGCUGGUUUGGAUAAUACUUAAAUAUGAAAUCCAUCUGGGAAACAUAUUGUAUAUUCACGUUGAGGGGUAAAACCAGUUUUUAAUUAAAAUUUUAUACAGCACUUGUA